CAUUUUAAGAGUUCAGCGGGUUCAGCCAUUCAACCCAAAUCGAAUGCUCGCUCCAGCUCGCGAAUGUAAUCUCUGUGAAUAGACGCUCAUAAAUCGUUGAUCGAAGGUGAUGAUAAGAGAGCAUCCGCAGUAAUGGCAUCGGCAUUGGAGCAGUUUGUAAAUAACGUUCGAACGCUUUCGAAGCAAGGCAAUUUUAGAGAGUUAUAUGACAUCAUAAGCAAAAGUGUUGAAGUAUUAACGAAGAAUGGACAACACUUGGACAACGUUUUGGAAACAUUAGAUCUGCAACAACAUUCGUUAGGUAUCUUGGCAGUGCUCUGUGCAAAAUUUUCAUUGCCUAAUUCUAAUGGCGGAAAUAACCCUGAUGCACAUAAACUCUUAUUCAAUCAAGUUCAAGAGUUUAUUAUUGGUUGUAAUGGAGAACAAGUUAGAUUUGCACCAGAUACAUAUGCAGACUUAUGUCACCUGUUUACACAGAGUUUAGUCGAGUCAAAAAUGCCAUUACGUGGAAUCCAAUUGUUGUGCCGUGCAAUACGCAAAAUACAACUUUUUGACAGUCAGCUGACCUCAAUACACGCGGACCUUUGUCAAUUAUGUCUUCUGUCCAAAUGUUUUAAACCAGCACUCGAAUUUCUCGACAUAGAUGUCACAGGCAUUAGCCAGGAAGGAGGCCAAUUUGAUUCAAAAUAUUUCCUAUUGUACUAUUAUUAUGGUGGCAUGAUAUAUACAGCAUUAAAGAAUUACGAUCGGGCUUUGUAUUUUUUUGAAGUAUGUGUAACGACGCCCGCGAUGGCAGUUAGCUACAUCAUGCUGGAGGCCUACAAAAAGUACAUUUUGAUCUCGCUGAUAUUACACGGGAAAGUAUUAAAUCUACCGAGAUACACGAGCCAGGUAAUCAACAGAUACAUCAAACCGUUAAGCCAGCAAUAUCAAGAAUUGGCUACAGCUUAUCUGGUUAAUAGUUGCGAAGAAGUACAGAGCAUUAUUACUAAAUAUCAGCAAGUAUUUGUGAGGGAUCAUAAUCUGGGACUCGUGAAACAAGUGCUUGCUUACUUGUAUAAGAAAAACAUACAGAGGCUGACCAAGACUUUCCUAACGCUUAGUUUAAGUGAUGUUGCGAGCAGAGUUCAAUUAUCAGGUCCGGUUGAAGCAGAAAAAUAUAUUUUAAAUAUGAUUGAAGAUGGUGAAAUUUUUGCGACUAUUAAUCAAAAGGAUGGUAUGGUAGUAUUUCACGACGAUCCUGAAAAGUAUAAUUCACCACAAAUGCUUGCAAAUUUUGAAAAGGAAAUGGCAGCAUGCACAGAACUAGAUAAACGAGUACUAGAAAUGGAAGAGGAAGUUGUCCUUACCCCGCAAUAUGUUCGCAAAGCUUGCGGACAAAACGAUCAGGAUGAUCAAGCCGCUGGACCUGCACCGACAAAUGUCACAAAUGCGCAAGGUCAAAUUAAACAAAACACCUACUCUAUGUAACAUAUACAUGUCGUUGUGUGUUAUCUUUAUUAAAAAAUAAUAAGAAAUCACGAAAAAUCUUGUUGAGAGUCAAGACUUUAAU